AGCUAACUUUAAAGCCCACCCGUGCUGGAAUGCUUUUUCUCCUAACUGUGGUGCUGGUUACUUCAUCCCUACGACAUCCCCUGAUGUGAAGUCCUCUCCCUUUCGUUUCCCCAUCAUUGUUUCUUCAGUAUGGCCUUGCUACAUGGCCGUGACUUGAACGCCGAUCGGAGCAGUGAGCUCAAUGCCACGACGACAAUUGUUCUUGUGCUGUCUGUUGUGUUUGUUGCCUUGCGAUUCUGGGCGCGAUAUGUGAGGAUUGGAUAUGGAACUGAUGACUGGUUGACUCUGGUAGCGCUGGUCUUUGUUUUCAUCACGGGUGGACUCAAUUAUGGGAUGAUUGCGCAUGGUCUCGGAAAACAUGCGAAGCGCGUGUCGACGGCAGAUCAAAUCAUCUUCUUCAAACUCCUCCUGGUCUUCGAAAACAUUUACGUUACGGCGGUGAUGCUCAUCAAACUCGCCCUUUUAUCGAUGUACCUGCGCAUCUUCCCAUCUCGACGCUUCCGAUUGAUCUCUACCCUCAUCGCUGCUGUCGUAAUCAGUUGGUGGAUUGCGAUUUGCGCCGUGUGCAUCUUCCAGUGUCAUCCAAUCAAAAAGGCUUGGUUGCCGUGGAUUGAUGGGACUUGCAUCAACCUCAAGGCUUCGUUUAUUGGGAAUGCGAUUCCGAAUAUUGCAACGGAUGUUGCGAUUCUGUGUCUGCCGGUCGGGCAGAUUAUGAAGUUGCAGGUCAACAUGGCGCAAAAGUUAUCGCUGUUGGUCAUCUUUUUGCUCGGCAGCUUUGUCUUGUUCGCCAGUAUAUACCGAUUCACAACCAUUAUGCAAUUCGAUCCCGUCGAUACAACAUGGACCCUCGCUACAGCUUGCACCUGGUGUGUCGUCGAAGUAGCCUGCGGAACCAUUGCCCUCUGUCUCCCAACCCUCAGACCACUCAUGCUCAUGGUCUCAUCCAAGUUCGAAAGCGUCGGAUCAAGAAAAGAUACAGCUGCUCGUACCGGAAUGCCAACAGAACUCGUCACGAUUGGAGGAACAGGCGGAAAGACGGGGCAGUUUCAUCGGAUAAAUGAUGAAUAUGAGCUCAACUCAAGCCAAAGAGGGCUUGCGACAAGCGAUGGAAGUAUACCGCAUGUUGAUCUGAGUGAUCGAGGAUCGGGUGAUGAGGUAUCGUUACACCAAGGGAAGAUUAUUCUUGGGCCCAGAUAACGUACGCUCGAGUUGGGUAUUUGUAACAUAUGGAAAGAUUAGCAAGCCUCGUCGGUUUAAUCCCAUUUGGAUAUUCAAGCAUCAUCGCCAUUUGAGCACUGAUUAAUCAUCAGGGAUUGAUGGCUGAUGGAACGUUUGGUAGCAUUGUUGGUGACGACGUUCCAGCCCAUGAGAACUUUGGCGGACGUGAGAGAAUUCCAGCAAUGAGCCGCCUUCAGCCAUAGAAUGUUUGAGAGCGCUAUCCUACAUCUCAAGAGUUCAGUGUAAC